AGAAUACUACAAACAUGUCCCAAGGUGAAUCGUCUGUUUUUCUGGUAGAUGUCUUCGCUGAGAAUCCAUUUACAGGGAACCCUGCCUUUGUUUGUCUGUUACCAUGUAAUCUUAAUCUGAGUGAAGAACAGAUGAAGAAGAUAUCGGCAGAAAUUGGAUGUACUGCAGCCUUUCUCUCUAGAAUUAAUCAACAUGAUACAUUUACAUCAGCCAGUAAGUUUAAACUAAGAUGGUUUACAUCCACGACAGAAAUCAAACUUUGUGGACACGCAACGUUAGGAACUGGUGCUGUAUUAGCCAACUAUUAUGAUAACAAAUCGGAUGGAAUAACAUUUGUCACAUCAGGUGGUGAGUUGGUGGUAAAGAAAGAGGGUAGUAAACUAGCUCUAGAGGUUCCUAUUGGUAUUUCUGAACCGAUAGGUAAAGACAAAUACUCAAAGCUGAUUUCGGCUUUUGGCGAUAUACCAACAAUAAAAGAAGUAGAAUAUUGUAAAUCGUUAAAUUACAUGCUGAUUGAUCUACAACAGACAUGGUCAAGGAAAGAGUUUGAAAGUUGGGGACCAGAUAUACCGACUAUACAAGCAGCUGGUAGUGAUGGACAGCUAAAGAUAGUCAUGAUUACCAUGAAAGCUGAUCAUGAUUCUCAUUAUCAAGAUGUCGAUGGUAACAAGUAUGACUAUGUCUGUCGAGUUUUUGGACCUUGGUUAGGUGCUCCUGAAGACCCUGUUACUGGUUCAGGACAUGCAGUACUGGCUAGUUAUUGGUCAACUAAACUUGGUAAAACACAGCUGUAUGCAAGGCAGUGUUCACCAAGAGGUGGAAAUGUUAAUAUAUUAGUAAAAGGAGAUAAGGUGGAACUAAAAGGAUCUGUAACAAAAGUCUUACAAGGUGUGAUGAAUUUAUAACAUGGGACGUAACUCUUUUAUCAACUUGUGUAAAAGUUCAUCUUGUCCUAUAGAUAUGUACUAUAGUCACUUUAAACGCUUAUAAACAUUUAAUUUUGAAAAUUUUGUCGAAUAGUAUAUAAAUUUGAAAUAAAUUAUACUGGC